AUGAAUGGCAGUGAAUUCUGGACGGGACUUGUGAAAAGCCGUGUAAAGCCCAAACGUUCUGAGCGGCGCGCCGAGGUGCACAGCGCACCAAUUUUUUUAUCACAUUGCAAAUCAGGCACCCUGAUGCACCCUGAGUUUUUGUCAGUCGGCGCGGCAACUCAAGCAAGCCUUGUCAGGCUUGCCUUAGGUGCAUCACAAAAUUAUGCCGCGGGUGCAAUCACCUCCCACCUAUCAACACAUCCAGCUUUGGUGGCAAAGCACUUCCUGGACUGCACGCACCUUUGGUCAGGCACUGUCUGUGACAUGUCGAAUGUUGAGAUUGGACAUGGAGAUUAUAUUGGGUACAGGAAAAUGGAUUGCACUUCGCCCAGGUUUCAGAGCAGCUUUUGA